CCCUCCCUCACUCCCCUUCGCUCUCUCCCGAGCGCAUCUGGCGCCACGCCGCUGUCGACCGCGAGGCUAGGAACCUCCCCGUGCCGCCUGGGGAUGGCCGGGGGGAUCGCCGCCUUCUUCUUCAUCUUCUCCGAUGCCCAGGGACAAGCCGGACUGCUCUGUAGCUCGCCAUCGUUGCCGUCUUCCCCUGCUUGCGCGCUCCUUUGCCCCGCCUCGUCCUCGAUGCUCCGGUCCAGCCUCGGCCUCCCCGACGUCGCCAUCGGCCUCGUUACCCUGAGACCGUUGCUGACACCCCGUGAUCGGCUACAUCGACGACGACCCCUCCUUGCCAGAGCAACAGUUGUUGGAGCCCAGGAGCUAGACACCACCGUUGACAACGACCCCUACUACAUCGAGGGUGCCUACUACUACGUGCAGGCCGACGACGACCAGGAGUAGUUUAGGAGGACCCCAGGCAGGAGGCAUGCUCCUCUUUCAAUCUGUAACCCAGUUUGUGCUAGCCAUCUUAUGACAACUUGUUUAACUUAUGUCUGUACUCCGAUAUUGUUGCUUCCGCUGACUCGUUUAUGUUCGAGCACUUGUAUUCGAACCCUCGAGGCCCCUGGCUGGUAAUAUGAUGC